AGAAGAAGGCACUCUCCCCGUCCGCAGCUAGCAGCACACUGCUCAGUACCCAUCCAUCCAUCACUUGCCAAAGCAACUACUACUUAGUAAGGAUCUCUGCUAGCUGUGACGACUAAGGAUCUCUGCUCAGUAGUAAUUAUAUAUAUAUUCAAGAACGAAGCAGCUGAUCGAUCGAGAAAGAAGCACGCAGGCAGACAGAUCAUCAUGGCUCUCGCAUCUCUGUCCAAGGUGGUGCUCGGCUCCAUCGCCUUCGGCGUCUUCUGGGUGAUGGCCGUCUUCCCGUCGGUGCCCUUCAUGCCCAUCGGCCGCACGGCCGGCGCCCUGCUCAGCGCCGUGCUCAUGAUCAUCUUCCACGUGAUCAGCCCCGACGACGCCUACGCCUCUGUCGACCUGCCCAUCCUCGGCCUGCUCUUCGCCACCAUGGUGGUCGGCACCUACCUCAAGAACGCCGGCAUGUUCAAGCACCUGGGCACCCUGCUGGCCUGGAAGAGCCAGGGAGGCCGUGACCUGCUCUGCCGCGUCUGCAUCGUCACCGCGCUUGCCAGCGCGCUCUUCACCAACGACACCUGCUGCGUCGUGCUCACCGAGUUCGUGCUGGAGCUCGCCGCCGAGCGCAACCUGCCCGCCAAGCCCUUCCUGCUCGCGCUCGCCUCCAGCGCCAACAUCGGCUCCAGCGCCACGCCCAUCGGCAACCCCCAGAACCUCGUCAUCGCCUUCAACAGCAAGAUCCCCUUCCCCAAGUUCCUCCUGGGCAUCCUGCCCGCCAUGCUCGCCGGCAUGGCCGUCAACAUGGUCAUGCUCCUCUGCAUGUACUGGAAGGACCUCGCCGGGACCAGCGGCCCUGACGACAAGCAGAUGGAGGCCGUCGAGGAGGGCCUGGCAGCGGCGUCAUCAAAGACGACUCCCUCUCCGUCCCCAGGGCAGCUGCAGCUCAUCAAGAGCCCGAAGCUGAGGACCAACGGAGGAGGGUACAGCUCGCCGUUGAUGACAGAGGACAUCUCCACCAAGCACCCCUGGUUCAUGCAGUGCACGGAGGAGCGCAGGAGGCUGUUCCUCAAGAGCUUCGCCUACAUCGUCACCGUGGGCAUGGUGAUCGCCUACAUGGUUGGGCUCAACAUGUCGUGGACCGCCAUCACCACCGCUAUCGCCCUGGUCGUGGUGGACUUCCGCGACGCAGAGCCGUGCCUUGACAAGGUGUCCUACUCGCUGCUCGUCUUCUUCUCAGGCAUGUUCAUCACGGUGAGCGGUUUCAACAAGACGGGGCUGCCCGGGGCCAUCUGGAACUUCAUGGCGCCCUACUCCAAGGUCAACAGCGUCGGCGGCAUCUCCGUGCUAUCCAUCAUCAUCCUCCUCCUCUCCAACCUCGCGUCCAACGUCCCCACCGUGCUACUGAUGGGCGGGGAGGUGGCCUCCGCGGCGGCGCUCAUCUCCCCAGCGGCGGUGACGAGAUCGUGGCUGCUGCUGGCGUGGGUGAGCACGGUGGCGGGCAACCUAUCUCUGCUGGGUUCGGCAGCGAACCUGAUCGUGUGCGAGCAGGCGCGCCGGGCGACGCGCAAUGCUUACGACCUCACCUUCUGGAACCACAUAGUCUUCGGCGUCCCAUCCACCCUCAUCGUCACCGCCAUCGGCAUCCCCCUCAUUGGCAAGAUCAAUGUCUAGUCCUGCCGCCACACAUCAACGCCGCCGGCCUGAUCAUGCAUCGUCCAUCUGCAUUAUUGCAUGGCCUGGGUUCAACUUCAACCUGGGAUACCACAUAUGCAUACGUAAUUAUGUUGUUAGCAGUGUGGCGUUGUAUACUUGCGAGUAUGAUUAUAUUAAUUGUACUAGCAGUACUUGUAUUAAUAGUUCCGUCGUAUAUGUGAUGUCCAAAGAGUUUCACUCGACUCACCAAUAUUGGUCAUCUCAGCAAAGGCAAGAUAGUGUUCCAAGCAGUGAACUGUCAGCUGCCCAAAGAAUAUAUAUGCAUGCAUGUGGUCUUCAAAUCAAAGUAUUAUAAAUA